AUGUCUCUUCCCCAGCGUACGAUUGGCAAGCACAUCGUUUCCGCCAUUGGCUAUGGCUGCAUGGGCAUCUCUGCCUUCUACGCAAAGCCUCUCCCGGACGAGGAACGUCUCCAGAUCCUAGACGAGGUGUACAAGAGCGGUGUCACGCACUGGGACACUGCAGAUGUCUAUGCAGACUCCGAAGACCUUCUCAGUAAAUGGUUCAAGCGCAGUGGCAAGCGCUCCGAGAUUUUCCUUGCCACCAAGUUCGGUCUUGGCUCAGGUGUCCCCGGGAGGACCGUUAACGGCGACCCGGCGUAUGUCCGCAAGGCGGCAGAGCGCUCUCUGCACAGGCUCGGCGUAGACUCCGUUGAUCUCUACUACCUUCAUCGUGCCGACCCCAAUGUUCCUAUCGAGAAGACGGUCGAGGCUAUGGCUGAGCUUGUCAAGGAAGGCAAGGUCAAGUACCUCGGACUCUCCGAGAUUUCUGAGUCGACCCUCCGUCGCGCGCACGCCGUGCAUCCCAUCACCGCCAUUCAGGUCGAGUACUCGCCCUUCACGCUCGACAUCGAGGACCCGAAGUUCGCACUCCUCAAGGCCGCACACGAGCUCGGUGUCGCCGUUGUUGCAUACGCCCCGCUGGGACGUGGCUUGAUCACUGGCGAAUACACGAAGCCAGAGGACUUCGAUGAGAGCGACUACCGCCGUGCGAUCCCCCGCUACAGCCACGAGAACUUUCCCCGCAUCCUUAAGCUCGCUGCCGGCCUCAAGGCGAUCGGCCAGCGGCACAACGCGACGGCUGGCCAAGUCUCCCUCGCCUGGCUCCUGGCACAGGGCCCUGACAUACUCCCUAUCCCUGGUACCACGAAGAUCCACCGUCUGCACGAGAACUUGGGCGCAGCCAGCUUGAAGCUCACCCCCGGGGACAUCGCAGAGGUGCGCAAAGUCGCCCAGGAUGCGGACGCUGCGAGCGGCGAGCGGUACCCGCCGCACUUGGCGAGGGCGCUCUUCGGUGACACGCCUGCGCUCGAGGGCUGGGUCCCGCAAGCGGCUCCUGAAGCACCGGUGGGGAGCUCGUACGGCAAGGAUAACUGGUAA